AGUAUUUCGGGGAAAUGGGUCCGUAGUUAUGGAAAUGUGAUAUAUAACGGCCGAACAGGCGAGACGUUGGAAUGCAGAUUCAGACCGAGCUGUUCUUUUGGUCAGCGCUGCCGUAUAUCCUACUGUCGGUGUUUGCUAUUACUACUUUUUCACUACAAAGUAGUUCCUCAACAUGCAUUGGACCAAUCUCCUCCCUCUCCUAACUCUUGCCCACUCGCCGGUAGCCUCAGCUCUCAGCGCCGCCCGAGUAUGGGCCAACUUCUCUCCCCAGUGCCCCGCCGACGACCACACCUCUUAUCCAGAUGAUCCCAAUCUCAAAUUGCACGAAGAAUUCACAACAGCCGUCGAUGUGGUCGCUGGGAAAUGCCAGGAAGUUCCUGUCCCUCUUCGAUACACCAUGGAGGUAGAUCACGUCUCAAUUGACGCCGAGCUCUUCUGGCAGGAAAGCCUAGACCACUGCACUAUUGCUGUGCACGAAUUGCCGGGCUGCACCGAACCGCCACUUAUACAAAAGGGGAUCGGACGUGGGAAAGCACUCAGUGAGUGUGAAGAGCGGAACUUUGCCACGUUCACUCAGGUUUGGGUGAAGUUAGAGUGUGAGAAGAUGAAGCCGGUUCCUCAUGGCAUCGCUUCUUGGUAUCAUGGGAGACUUUCAAAUUAUACGGGGAGUGCUAAUAGUAUUGGAAAUCACAACAAUACUGGGGAUCACAAUAGCAACAGUCCCAACAGUGGGACUGGUAUGUCCCACAGCAGUAUGUGGAAGAAGAUUGGGGCGCGACUUAUGCCGUCCUGAUAAUAGUUAGUUGUGAUAGCUCUCUCUCUCUGUUUCUUUAUAAGAGACUUGGUCAUCUCGAGUGUUGGGAUGCUCCUUUUGAUAUGUGUAUAUUUGAGAUCCGGGUUUUUGUAGCAUCUGCGCUGUUUUCGUUGGUUGACGAGAUUGAAUAAUGAUCACGAUGGAUAUGCGACAAUUACAUUCAGUUCAAAAUUCUCAAAAACCAUUAGGCA